AUGCAAUUGUCAAAGGAGUUUGCUAUGAAGGAUUUAGGAGCUGCAAAACAAAUCCUUGGUAUGAUGAUUACCAGAGAUAGAGCCAAAUGUUUCUUGAAGCUAUCCCAAGAAGAAUAUGUGAAGAAAGUACUCAAUAGGUUCAACAUAGAUGGAGCAAAGCUAGUAAGUACCCCUUUGGUUAAUCAUUUUAAACUAUCUAAAUAUCUGUCACCUAAAACAGAGCAUGAGCGAGACUAUAUGGCUAAGGCACCCUAUGCAUCAGCGAUUGAUAGUCUUAUGUAUGCCAUGGUGUGUACAAGGCCAGACAUAGCACAUGUAGUGGGAGUUGUGAGUAGGUACAUGAGCAAUCAAGGAAAGCAACAUUGGGAAGCAGUAAAGUGGAUUAUCAGAUAUUUGAAAGGUACUACAAAUUCAGCAUUAUGA